CAUAAAUCGGAGUAGUAUGAGAAAGGCCAGUUUCGUAUGUUCACCUACUGGUGGGGUAUGGUCCCGAAUGGUGCAAGAACCACGGGGAAAAUGUUGAAUAUUGCCAAAGACGAUCCAAGACGCAAUUACCAUUACCAGGCAGGAAACUUGGUGUUCGAUGCGUCUGGAUCGAUUCUCUCUGCAUCAUCAAAAGGGACUUGAAUGGAACGGGGUCAAUAUGAUUGGCUGGUUGAGUCCAGCAGGAUCGGUCAAUAUUAUGAGCAGGCGUUGUGCACAUUUUCGGCAACUGGCGCAUCUCAUUGCGACGAGGGAUGUUUUCUUCUGAGGCCAGUAUUGAAGUAUCCGUGGAGCCAAGUGUGAUCAAAGUCGAUGGUUCAAUCGAGCGAGAAAGCCUUGAACUUCAUCAACAUCGGCACAUGCCUCAUCAGGACCCUGACACACUUGGUCCCUAUUAUAAGGGUCAUGUAAUGCAACCUGAGCUUGUGUGGCGUGACUGGGUGGCUCGGGAAUGGAUCUUUGCUAGGCGGAUUCUGCAUUUCGGCAGAGACUGUAUGUUCUGGGAAUGCCGGAGAACAAGAACUGCUGAGUGGUGCGUCGAAGAUCUCAACGUGAGGGGCGAGAGGGUUCAUGGGCUCGUGGCGAGAUCAUCUCAACUUAUGGUUCCAUGGUUUAUUUUCGUCGAGUUAUUCAGCAGGGUAAAAUGGACAUCCGUGCAAGACAAACUGGCGGCGCUUUCAUCCCUUGUCAAGGUUAUCGAAGAACAUACUGGGCGGAAAUAUCCCACCAGCACUGGAAAAUGGGAACACAACUUGAUACAAUCUUUGGUAUGGCGCUGGAAACAUUGGGAUCGACCGCCGCCGUUGGACGUCAAGCCUAUUGGGGUGCCCUCUUGGUUGUGGGCUUCCUGCGAGUCAACCGUCGACUAUACUUGGUUGACCUUGUCGAGCAACCUUGGCGUCAAGGCAAGACUCGCCGCGGGAAAAUCCAGUAUCUUCGUUUCUAUCUCGAUAGAAUGCUUGCUGAAGAGGGACUUGAAGGUGCCUCUCGCGACUCUCGCGAGGUCACCUUCCUCGGACUACAGGGCGAUCAUGAAUCUCUCGUCAUGA